AUGUUCCGCCCUGCCGCAAGAGCGCUCGCUCGCGCGCCUGCUGUGGCUCAUGGCCCGGCAAAGCGAUUGAUAAGCACCGGUCCGACCAAGUCGCGAAGCUGGAAGAACUCGGUUGUCCGCUUGGGAUUGGCCGCUGGCGCGGUCUACUACUACAACACGAGCAGUGUUUUUGCCGAGACACCAUCGUUCUCCGCCCUGGCCUUACUCCGGAAAGAAAACGAUGAUGACGCCUCCCUUCCGACUCUUGACUCUGUCACCCCUAAAAUCCGUCAAGAGCGGGCCGCAGAGUCUGCCGCGAAGACCGACACGCCGGCCCUGGAGGGCGGCGUGAACCCCCAGGAGCUCGAGGAAGAGGCUGGCCAGGAGGCUGCGUUCAACCCGGAGACGGGUGAGAUUAACUGGGACUGCCCGUGUCUGGGUGGCAUGGCCCACGGCCCGUGUGGAGAAGAGUUCAAGGCGGCGUUCAGCUGCUUCGUCUACUCCACGGAGGAGCCUAAGGGCAUGGACUGCAUUGAGAAGUUCAAGGGUAUGCAAGACUGCUUCCGGCAGCACCCUGACGUAUACGGCGCCGAGCUGGAAGACGACGAGCCCGAAGGUGCUCCUGCAUCCUCCGAACAACCGGCCACCGCCGCCGAGACCGAUGCAUCUUCGCAUCCACAAGAAAAGCAGUCCGAAAGCGACUCCCUGGUCCCCGAGGCCUGGCACGACACGGAGGAGAACAACCAGGCGGCGAAGAAGACGGAGAAUUGA